AACUUGCGCGUAUUCCAAUUCUCAUGUCCAAUCCUAAUAAAGCUAUCGCCACGCUGGUCGCAGUCGCGUGCUCGGUUUUCUUGCACUCCUCAUCGUAACUUCUCACUUCUGCACUCUUGUUCUUUCAUGGUUUGAUGUCCCUAUACUUCAUCAGCCCCCAUUUUCUCAGCCUUGACUGUGCAGUCACCAGCCACAUAGUAUGGCUUUUAGUGAGAAAUGUUUGAGAAGUGCAAUAACUUUUGAAGUGGAAAGAGGAUAUAGCAAUGCUCUAGGUAGAAAUAUGAGGUUUAGUAAUCUCCUUUUUUCAAGGAUGUCAACAUUAUUUUCAAGGUCAAAGCAUAAACUUGCAAAAAGGCUGUUGGAGGAAGUAGAUGCUUAUGAUCGAGCUAGUGUACCAGAUCAGUCUAAGCUGCUUAGUAAGGUUUCUGUGCUGAUGGGUUAUGAUGGUCUAAAUGACUUAAUUGACGAUGAACGGGAUAUCUCCCUAGUAUGCAGAAAGUUCCCAUCCAUCAUUUUGGGAUAUUCUGAACCAAUUGAAUUAUUUGAUGUGGCUGAAAAUCACUCCAAGAACAGUGGGUUUUUGGCAGCUCAGAUUUCUAAAGGACUGUUCUCUAAGCCUGUUGAUUCAACAUUGGUUAGUACUGAUUCUGUGUAUGAAACAUGGCAAUCCCAAGACAUAGGCUCUCCUGGUGUUGACUCUUCCUCCAGUACUGCUGAAACUAUUGAGACAGAAGUAAGGGAAGAGUUGCAAUCCACUGUGGUUAAGCCUGUCAGUCAGCCUUCGCUUGAGAUCCAAGAGAUUGCUGGAUCUGUGGAAAUGUUACUUGAUAAAUCUAUUAGUUGCAUGACUGGACUGAGUAAAAGACAUUGUCAUCAGCUAGAAAACUGUGGCUUUCAUACGUUGAGGAAAUUGCUUCAGCAUUUUCCUCGGACCUAUGUUGAUCUUCAUAAUGCGCAGGUUGGAAUUGAGGAUGGGAAAUAUAUGAUUUUUGUUGGAAAGAUCUUAUCCUCAAGGGCACUGAAGGCCAGUUCUUCUUUAUCAUUCCUUGAGGUCAUUGUUUCUUGUGAGAUUCCAUAUGAUGCAGCUACAACUUUUUCCAUGACUGGUGAUGCUGAUUGUGUUAUUGAUAAAACUGUUAGCAGUGGAGGAAAAACAAUCAUUUUACAUUUGAAAAAGUUUUUCCGGGGUACCCGCUUUACUUAUCUUCCUUUUCUCAGAAGUCUUCAAGGGAAACAAAAGGUGGGGGAUGUAGUGUGUGUAAGUGGCAAGGUACGGACUAUGCAUACAAAAGAUCAUUACGAAAUGAAGGAAUAUAAUAUGGAUGUGUUACAAGCGGAGGAGGAUUCACAUUCACAUAUAUGUGUAGAAAGGAUGCCAUAUCCCAUAUAUCCUUCAAAAGGAGGUCUAAAACCAAACUUUCUUCGGGAGAUUAUUUCAAGAGCAAUGAAGUUCCUUCCUGUCAAUAUUGAUCCUAUCCCAGAAGAAAUUCGUCAGGAUUUUGGACUUCCAAGCCUUUAUGAUGCAUUUUCAGGGAUUCACCAGCCAAAAAGUUUACUAGAUGCUGAGCUUGCUCGCAAAAGGCUUAUAUUUGAUGAGUUUUUCUAUCUCCAGCUGGGGCGGUUGUUCCAAAUGCUUCAAGGUCUCAAUACAAAACUAGAAAAAGACGCAUUGCUGAAUAAAUGCAGGAAACCUGAACUGAACACAGUAGAUAUAGAUGACUGGUCCUUUCUUUCCCGGAAAUUUUUGGAAACUCUUCCGUAUUCCCUUACAUCCAGUCAAUUAGUAGCUAUUUCAGAAAUUAUGUGGGAUCUAAAGCGACCAGUCCCAAUGAAUCGACUCCUUCAGGGUGAUGUUGGAUGUGGGAAAACUGUGGUGGCAUUUCUAGCAUGCAUGGAGGUUAUUUCUUCAGGCUAUCAGGCAGCUUUUAUGGUCCCAACUGAAUUGCUAGCGGUUCAGCAUUAUGAGCAUCUUUUAAAAUUGCUAGAAAAUCUGGAGGAAGUGGUCUGUAAACCUUCUGUAGCUUUACUGACAGGUUCAACCCCAUCAAAACAAUCACGGCUGAUUCGUAUGGGCCUACAAACUGGAGAUAUCUCUUUGGUCAUUGGUACCCACAGUUUAAUAGCUGAAAAUGUGGAAUUUUCAGCAUUACGAAUUGCUGUGGUUGAUGAGCAACAUCGCUUUGGAGUGGUCCAGAGGGGACUGUUUAAUGGCAAGCUGUUUUUUAACUCUACAAGUUCCAAAAAGAUAUCAAUUGGGCAAGAUGACUCCUUCAAAGGCAGUGUGCUUAUGGCACCACAUGUUUUGGCUAUGUCAGCCACUCCCAUCCCAAGGUCACUUGCAUUGGCUUUGUAUGGAGACAUGUCCUUGACACAGAUUACUGAUUUGCCUCCUGGGAGAAUACCAGUGGAAACAUAUGCAAUUGAAGGAAAUGAGUCUGGUUUUGAGGAGGUUUACAAGAUGAUGCUGGAGGAGUUGGAAAAAGGGGGGAAAAUAUAUCUUGUAUAUCCGGUCAUUGAACAAUCUGAACAACUGCCUCAGCUUCGUGCUGCGGCUGCUGAUCUAGAAAUAAUAUCUAGUAGGUUUUCAGCUUAUAGGUGUGGGCUAUUGCAUGGAAGAAUGAAAAGUGACGAAAAAAGCGAAGCUUUGCGGCAGUUUAGAACUGGAGAAACUGAUAUACUGCUAUCAACUCAAGUUAUUGAGAUAGGUGUUGAUGUUCCAGAUGCAACUAUGAUGGUAGUAAUGAAUGCAGAGCGUUUUGGAAUAGCUCAAUUGCACCAACUUAGAGGACGAGUUGGACGUGGAAAUAGAAAGUCCAAAUGUAUAUUUCUAGCGUCUACAACCAGUGGCUUAAAUCGGGUGAAGGUUCUUGAGGAGUCAUCUGAUUGCUUUUAUCUCGCAAAUAUGGAUCUUCUAAUGCGAGGACCUGGAGAUUUGCUUGGUAAGAAACAGUCUGGCCACCUUCCUGAGUUUCCCGUUGCUAGAUUAGAGAUAGAUGGAAAUGUUCUACAAGAAGCCCAUCUGGCUGCACUGAGAAUCUUGAGUGAUUCUAUUGAUUUAGAGAAAUUUCCCUACCUCAAAGCUGAGCUUAGCAUGCGCCAGCCUCUUUCCCUUCUUGGGGAUUAAGGUACAGGCAACAGAGAGGUGGCGUUCUUUUGCACCGUGAAGUGAUGGAGCUAUUAGCUAUCCGGGUCUUGAAGGUUAUGUACCUUUUUGCUUUGGAUAGCAAACUGUACAAUUUUUUGUACAUGUUUGUGGAGAAAAAUGUAACUACAUUUAGCAUACAGUCUUGGAUGUGCAACAGAUGUCUCCUGCUCCCCAUAAUUUAAAAUUAAUUCUUGCUACUGAAAGGAAUUUUACAUUUUCACUAGUGUUAUUGCAUUUGUAUAAUUUGCAUACUUCCAUAUUUCAUCAGCUACCUGCUUGGGACAGUUCUACUUGUUAACUACGUAUUAGUUUUAGGGAUGGAAUUGUAUUUAGGGUGUGUUUGAUUCGCACAUGAGAAUCGGAAUCGGAAUGGUAUCAAAUACUUAGUAUUGAUAA